AUGAACGAGCUCAAAUGGAUUCAAACUUCUUUACUUCUCACAGCGCUGCUUCAGUUUUGCUGUUUAUUCUUUGUCAUUUUCUCAGCAGCAGCUGCUGGAGAUAAAGAAGUCACAUUCAGAGUUGGAGAGGACGCCACGUUGUCUUGUGAAACUGUGAUACAAGGUCAACAGGAGUGUGAAUAUACGACAUGGUUCUUUGUUGAUUCAGGAAACACUGUAGUAGACCUGGUUGUAGAUGGUCAGGUUGAAAUCUCUGGAGUUAAAUCAGACAGACUGAAUGUUACAGAGGACUGUUCUCUGGUUAUAAAGAAGAUCAGAGAGGAGGAUGCUGGACGUUAUGUCUGUGAACAGUACAUAUCAGGAAGAAUAACAGACGAUGUGACUCGAGUUCUUCUCUCUGUUACCAAGAGUGAGGACGCCAAACCAACAACAACAACAACAACAAGUCCACCACCAACAAGACCACCACCAUCAAGACCACCUCCAACAACAACAACAACAACAACAAGUACUGCGGCUGCAGGAGAUUGUACAGGUUCUUCUGAUCUGGACUUGGUCAUGUUGGCUCUGCGUGUGGCUGAACUCCUCCUGAUUACUGUGAUCACUGUUCUUCUCUUCAGAGCUCGAGGGAACCAGAGACCACCUGAUGACAUCACUGUGUAUUAUGAUGGAGAUGAAGGCUCAGUGAACUAUGAAAAUGUUGGAGAACCUUCUGCUUCUGUCAGACUCCACUGAUCAACAACUUCCACACAAACAUCCACUCAGCAGAUACAUUAAUCCACCGCUUUUAAUCAUUUCUAUAUCGCACUUUAGAGCAUAAAAACAUGGAUCCACAUUUCAUUUGAGGCACUAAGUGAGGAUCUGAUUUAAUCUGCUGAUGUGAAAUAUGAUGUUGAUAUUUGUUACAGACUCCUUAACCAAAAGGACGCAAGAAAGGUUUAAAGUUCAACCUGAGCUUCAUUAAAUGUAAACACCCCCCUCCUCCCAAAGUAAUCAAAGAUAAAUAAGAAACCAAAGAAACAAAAGGGGCUGGAGACCCAGACAAAAAGAACAAAAGAUGGGAAGACGCCAAGCCAACCACGUAAAUGGGGUGGGUAAUUGGGUAAAUCUUCAGUUUUUGCCAACUUGGCAGAAAAUAUAUAUAUUUUUUGUAGAUAACUUAAUUUGUAUAAAGAUUUUCAGAGUGAGAUGUGUAGCUCAAAAACCUCCUGUAUUUAUGUCUGUAAAAUCCAUCAUAUCAGCCUCUGUGUGAAACGGUUCAUUUCAGCUGAUGUCUCUUUAAGACCCCCCCCCCCCACAUGCCCACUUUCCUCUGAUUGGCCAGCUUUGCUGAAACUUCCUGGGGACAGAACCAAUUAGCUUCCGGGUGGGCGUGUCCUUGAGAGAGCUGCCUGGGUUGGGCAACUUCUGCAACUUUGCUCCAUUCUUUGUUUUUAUGCGUCGGUGGCUAAGUUUCACAACGACCUCGUUCAGAGCAGCAGGAAACCACAUACAGGGAUUACACCAACAUCUGUUUAUCUUGUGUUUGAAAAAACUUUUCCGAGGUUUAGUAUGGACAUCCUUCAAGAUAAAAUUAUAUGUAUGUUUUUAAAUUUGGAUCAGCAUCACAGAUCUCUCUUAAUGUUCUUCAGUCUGUUAUAAACACGUCUUUAUUAAAUCAUAUUAAAAUGUCAUCUGCAAAUAAAGAAACAU